AUGGUUUCUCCAAUCCCCACGCUCUCGUCCAACGACGCCAAGGUGCUCUCUGCUCUCUUUGACCGUGAAUCUUCGUCCUCAGCCUCCAUCAAGAUAGCACCACAGCCACCACAAACCCUACCGCACAUAGCCGACUCGCUUCUUCCGACUUUGCAAGCGGCUGAGCGCACAGCCAUUCUCCUGCUCAACACCCAGAAACCGUCGCUCGAAGACGCCAAUGCCGCGAUACGAGCGCUCAAUGAGCUCAUCGAGCAACACCCCAACUACGCGUCCACCUACGCAAACCGGGCGCAGGCGAUGCGGUUACGGAUCGAGGACGAAGACAGAAUGUUCGAGGAUGAGAACGUCGAGACGACCGAGGCGUUGCUUGCGGACCUCUCAAGAGCGAUUGAGCUCGCAUCACCUGCAUCACCACAAGACCCACUGUCAUCACUCCAGGCACGGCUGCUGGCUAUAGCACAUACGCAUCGAGGUUACCUGCUACUCAAGGCGGCCAAGGCAGCUGGUGAAGCAACCUUGCAUACUGGACCAAAGGAGGUCAGAGGGAGGGACAAGGACAGCCUAGAGGAGAUGGCGAGUCGGGAAUUCUUUCUCGGAGGUCGGUACGGUGACAAGACGGCGAAAGAGAUGGCUGUCAGGACCAAUCCGUACGCGAAAAUGUGCGGUGCAAUCGUGAAGCAGGCGAUGAGGGAGGAGAUGGGCGACGCGCCGAGAAUAGACGUCGGGGGAGGUAUUGGCGGAUGA